AUGAUUGACACGGACAAUCUCAGAACAGCGUCGCUGUACAUCAACAAUCAACUUCUGUCCAGGGGAUUGCUGCGCGAUGGCGACUCGAUUGAUUUCGCAAGCUCUGCAACUUGCAGUGACGAUGGCGCAGCCGUUUCCGGACGCAUAAUCAGCAUUUUGAACGAUUUGAUACUUCGACGCGAUCGUGAUGCGGAGCAUCGUGAAUCACUGUCGACGACGAUGCGCUCUUUGCGCGCAGAGAACUUGAAGCUUACGAACGAUAAAACGCGCUUGACUGAGAAGCAUGCAGAGGCGCAGCGCAAAGCAGAUAUUGCGACCGCCGCUGAAACAACACUGAAGACGCAACUCAAGUCAGCGGAGGCGCACGCCAAAGCAUUAAAGGAAGAGGUUGCGAGAAUGAAAUCGCUCGUCGCCCAGUCUCGAGCCUCCUGCGCAACAGAGAUCCGCAGGCGCGACCGACAAAUCGACACGUUGAAGAAACAACUUGGAGAAGCCGGCCGUUCACGGGGCUCCAAGGGCAACCCUGCGAUCACAACCAUCACCGUUACUGGAGAAAUCGGCCAUGAAAGAGAUAGCAUGACGCUUGGCGGUAGCCCGACAAAUCAUGACACAGAGCUACGAAGCGAGACGAAUACAACUCUGGCCAACUUGGCGCAACACUUGACCGAAGAGAACGACACAUUGCUCGGUGUCAUGCAACGAGCUAUGGCCCAAUUGCAGGAUAUGAGUGGCUGGACAGGGGAUGGCAAAGAGGAUGCCCAUGUUAUAAAACGACCGAACUCUGAAGACAUGGCGGCUGAUCUGGAUUCGAUCAUGGAUCAUAUGCGAACAAUAUUAACAAACCCAUCCUUUGUGCCCAUUGAGGAGGUAAUGCUUAGAGAGGAAGAAAUAAACCGGCUCAAGACUGGCUGGAUGAAGAUGGAGACCCGGUGGAAAGAUGCAGUACAUCUCAUUGACGGCUGGCGGAAGAGGAUGGCUGCCAGUGGCAAGCCUGUGUGCGACGAGGAGCUGCAAAUGGGUUUGCGAUUAAGUCCAGUUCGCGUAAACGAUGUGGAGGAAACGAGAGGCGGCGCAGUUCCGCUAUCCGUCGUCAAAGAGGAGUCGGAAGAACAAGAUGAGAACUUGAUGUGCUCUCCUUGUCCUAUCGAUCGGGAGAGAAGACGGCCAAUCUUCGCAGUCCCUGGAGAAGAAGGCGACGACGACAAUAACCAGGCAUACGCGGACAGCGAAAGUGGCACUGAAUAUGAAGACAAUGCAGCAGUUGACGAUUAUGCUGCGACUACCAAAGAUGAAGAGCUGGAGCAUCUCGAACAAGGGCUGAUGUCCCGGGACUUGGGCGAAUCCCUGGAGUCGCUGCCUCUGCCCGAGCAGCCACAACUCAGCCCUCUUCGCAACUCAAGCUCGGCUGGAAACCGUGGGUUUUUAAGAAACGAAAAGCUACGUUCAAGGCCCAGUGGCAGGACAGAAACUGCUGAAACAAACACUCAAAAUCAAUCAUCAGAGCCAAAGUCGAUGAGGUCUCUGCCAGUUCGGCCCAGGUCUUUGGCACCUCAGACCAGGCUACCCAGCAGGGUCCAGAAACCUUCAGAACGUCCUCGAUCACCUUCAAGAACGUCGUUGGACGAAGCGCUUCUGCCGAAACGGGAUAAUGAGAGCGUUGAGCCAGAGGAAGUUGAAGAUUCUGGAAAGCAUUCUCGAACAGCAGACCACCAAGACGAUGCAGUACAUGCGAAAACCAUGGCUCGAGAACAGCGACACCCUUCCAGUCGCGUUACAUCUCAAACGAGGCUAGCACGCACUACUGAGCCACAACCACAACAAAGUCCCCUGACAAUGUCUAAUAUUGCCGCAAAAUUGGCUGCGUCUGAGAAAGAGGCAGAUGCUGCUCGCGUGCGUGCCAAGCUUCGCGCAGCGCGAGGUUCAACCAGAGGCGUGUCAAAGCCGAUCACAACAAAGCCAACAGAAAUUGAGGCACCAGCACCGAGCAUUCAACAAGCAGAGAACGCUGCAUGCGAUGGUGGGAACGGCGACCCUGUAAAAGAAGUCCAGGCACCACAAGAGGAGGACAAGCCGGAGAAGCGAAAACGAGAUCGCAAGGCCAGCAAGACAGCUUCAAGAAGGCGAAGCACUCUGAGUCCGUGGGAACUGGAGACUCUGAUUUCAGGUAAUGGGCAGUAA